AUGGACGCGACACAUGGAGUGCUGAGCCUGAUUGGAUUAGCGGUAGGCCUUUGGGUGAGAAACUCAGGGAGCCGUGAUACCAACGAUAUCCGUCCUGGUCAGUGUCAGUGCGUGUGCGCUGCCGAAGACAAGGGACAGACAUCUAACCUCGGGCCCUGGUUCCUCUUUCUGGUCAUAGUGGGGCUCCUUUUUGCCAAUCUUGCCUUGGUCCUUCGAGUCACCAUCCGGCGGAAAAAGGCAGGAGAUCGAGAGGUGACCGGUGCUGUCAAGGGCAAACCUGGCAAGGGCCUGUACGGGCUUCCAAAGGGACUGCAAAUCCUUGAACAACAAGGCCCAGUUGAGCUAUGGACUUUCGAGAAGGUGUAUGCUUUUGCUCCCAUGUCUGCAGCAGAGUAUUCUCGUAUAGUGAGAGAUGGGCGUGCCGAAGCAGCAGCUGAGCGGGCCAGACGGGGCGUGCAUGUUGGGGCGCCUGGAGCUCAAGAGAAUGCUGCAGCUGGACCCGCAGGUGCGGCCGCGGUGGCCGCGGCAGCUCUGGGGGCCAUGGUGCCUGCGGGCCCUUUGCAACCAGGGGGCGAGGCUGUGUACGACCCUGACACAUUGUACUGGCUUGCUGCGGAGUCACUGGAGGGAGUCAGUUUCGGUGAUGCAAUUCCGGGGGUGAUCGCCGCGGCCGUCGCCGGGGCAAAAGCCGUGCAUACGUUUCCAUCCGGUCGGGCAGUUUUCGUUGAGUGCGUUUACGGCCGAGACCGGGAACAGUUUCUGCUGAGGCCUGGUGGUUGGGAUUUUCGAUGUACACCGAUCUCUCUGGACAGCUUAGGCCGACCAGAGGUGUCUUUGAAAGACGCUGCACAGAAGUCACUUCAGAAACAUGUCAGGUGGACCAUGACGGGGCCUAGGACUACCAAGUGGUGCUUGAAUUACCUAGUCGUUGAAGGUCUGGGUCUGGAAGGGCACCACGAGAGAGUUAGAACUUUGUGUAAAUUGGAUUCCGCGUCGUGGGGCAUGCAGGAGCACUUUCAAGUUUCUAUGUUCCUUCGGUACUGUUUGCAGAUUGAUCAGCUUAACAGCCACAACCUCAUGGCCGUUGAAGCUAUGUUCCGGAGAUUGCAGACGAUCGAGUUUGGGUACUCCGAGAAGGUGCGUGAGGUCGAGGCCAAGGGCACAGGUGGGCGGUUGGCUAUGGAAGAGCAACAAGUUUUCGGAGGGCUCACCAGGCAUGCAAGUACCUUGAUGGUGUGUCCAGAGCUUUUGGACUUCGUUAAGUCUGAAACGGAACGUGAGGCUGCACUUGCCAAAAACCUCCGGAAAGCCCGCGGAGAGCGGGAGCUUGCCCGGAAGAAGCGUGGUGGCAAGGGCGGCCAAGAUGAGCCUUUGCAUGAUCCCGGCCGGCUCCCGCGAGAUGUCUUUCCCCUUCCUUUUAUAGCGGGUCAGGUGGAGGACGUCAAUGCGGCGAUCUGGGCUUUGAUUCAAUGUACAAUGGGGCUGGCGCUUCCCCGCUUGGGGGUGGGCCGGCCAACUCUUUUGGUGGCGCUGGGAGCUCCUCCUGGCGAUCUCACGGUACCGGAAGCACUUCGGUCGCUUCGGUGCGGGGGCUACACGGAUCUUGGUCAAUCCGUCGGUGCCCUCACGAACUACCAGCCUGACUUAGUCUCCCUUCCCGAGGCAGGGUGGCAGCCGAUCAACUUGGAUGCUUUGGGGGGUAAGGUCAGGGGAAGAUCGAUUAGCUCGUUUAUUCAAGAGCAGCUUUUGCCAGCAGAGACCGCACACAUGAAGGUGAAGGACAGCGGUGUUGAGCGGCCGUAUUCUGACCCCCGUUUUCGUGAUCCGAGGGUGUAUGGGGAUUUCGUGAGCAGGUUGCUGCAGUCCAGCAUCGUGGACCUCAGCAUGCAGGGCGGCAGAGAGCGGAUCGGCUUGUUUUUCGUGUCCAAGAAAGCGAAUAAGCUCCGCUUGAUUAUCGACGCCCGAAGAAGUAAUGCACACUUCAGACCUCCCAGCUACGUGCACCUGGCUACCGGUGGCCGGACGCUUUCAACUUUCUAUCAUCUAGCCCUGCCGGAGGAGCUCAGGACGUUUUUCACUUUGGCCCCCAUCGACGGGAAGUUUCUUUCUGUCAAGGAGGCAGGCUUGGGAGAUGAGACGCGUCUCCGGGACAAACGUCCCUGCCCUACAAGUGGUUAUGUACACACUGAGUACGUUGACAACUUGGUGUUGAUUGGCACUUGCCGUGAACAAGUUGUAUCUGCCUUUCAGCAUGCGGUGAAUGCUCUCAAGGACGCAGGGCUACAAGUCCACGAGGAUGAGGUCUGUGAGGGCGAUACAUGUGUGCUUGGGUGGUAG